GGUAUAGUCUCUGCACUCGCCUCCGGUUCCAGCUGCGACUCACAUUCUCCCCAGACCCCGAGGAUGCGGGUUGUUAUGCCCCGAACUCUCCUCCUGCUGCUGUCGGGGGCCCUGGCCGUGACCCAGACCUGGGCGGGCUCCCACUCCUUGAGGUAUUUCCACACCGCGAUGUCCCGGCCCGGCCUCGGGGAACCCCGCUUCAUCGCCGUGGGCUACGUGGACGACACGCAGUUCGUGCGGUUCGACACCGACGCCCCAAAUCCGAGGAUGGAGCCGCGGGCGCCGUGGAUGGAGCAGGUGGGGCCAGAGUAUUGGGACCGGGAGACGCGGAUCGCCAAGGUGCACGCAGAGAUUGCCCGACCGAACCUGCAGACCGCCCUCCGCUACUACAACCAGAGCGAGUCCGGGUCACACAGCAUCCAGAGAAUGCAUGGCUGUGACAUCGGGCCUGACGGACGCCUCCUCCGCGGGUACAGUCAGUUGGCCUACGACGGCGCGGAUUACAUCGCCCUGAACGAGGACCUGCGCUCCUGGACCGCGGCGGACACCGCGGCGCAGAUCACACGCCGCAAGUGGGAGGUGGCCGGUGAGGCGGCGCGCUAUAGGAAGUACCUGGAGGACACGUGCUUGGCGGGGCUCCGCAGGUACCUGGAGAUGGGGAAGGAGACGCUGCUGCGUGCAGAAUCUCCCAAAACACACGUGACCCGCCACCGGAUCUCUGACCAUGAGGUGACCCUGAGGUGCUGGGCCUUGGGCUUCUACCCUGCGGAGAUCACCCUGACCUGGCAGCAUGAUGGGCAGGACCACACCCAGGACACAGAGCUUGUGGAGACGAGACCUGCGGGAGAUGGGACCUUCCAGAAGUGGGCGGCUGUGGUGGUGCCUUCUGGAGAGGAGCAGAGAUACACGUGCCAUGUGCAGCACGAGGGGCUGCCCGAGCCCAUCGCCUUGAGAUGGGAGCCAUCCUCUCAGCCCUCCAUCCCCAUCCUGGGCAUCAUUGUUGCUGUGGUUGUCCUUGUGGUCAUUGUGGUGGUUGGAGCUGUGAUCUGGAGGAAGAAGUUCUCAGAAAAAGGACCGAGCUACUCUCAUGCUGCACGCAAUGACAGUAUUCAGGGCUCUGAUUCGUCUCUAAUGCCUCCUAAAGUGUGAGACCCACUGCCCCUCAGGGACUGAGUAAUACAGGAUCUGUUCACACUUGGUGCCAUCGAGAUCCCCUGACUUUCUGCGGAUGGUGUCAGAAUGUGUCUGUGUUCCCAUUACAUAUUGUGAGGACACAGGAGACUGGCCCCCCCUGCCCUCCAUGACCCCUCCCCGUACUAAUUCGUGUUCCCUUUCUGACCUGCUUUCCUGUUCCAGCCGAGGAGGGGUGGACCAUCUCCAUCCCCGUCUUUUUUUCAUGUUGGACUGAGUACUGAUGCUUUACUUUCCUAUUGAAAAUGAGAAUCCAGAUACGAAUUUGUGUUUUGUAAUUCUUGGUAUGUGGGCAUGAUGAGGUAAUAAAAGAGAGGAUUUGUAUGGUUGGAACAGAAAAUAAAUGAAAGCACUGAGAACCUUACAGAA